AUGGAGCAGUCUGGCGUAUUGACCAAGAUCGUGGCGGGUGGUGUUGCGGGGGUUUCAGAAACGCUGGUUACUUACCCAGCCGAAUACGUAAAAACACGCCGCCAACUACACUUCAAAUCCACCACCAACGCAACAACCUCAAACCCCAACCCACCGCCCAGCUCCCUCGCCAUCAUCCGCGACACGAUCCGCACCACGGGCGUGAGGGGCAUCUACUUCGGCGUCCAAGCCCUCGCCGCCUCCAACGCCGCGAAAUCCGGCAUCCGGUUCCUCGCCUUCGAAACGACGCGCUCGAAACUAGAUGCCGUCUCCGGCUCGGAAUCCCCGGCAUCAGGACCGGGAAAGAAGCCCCGCGCGGCGUGGAUCAACGUCGUAAGCGGUCUCAGCGCCGGCGUAGCAGAGUCCAUCGCCGUCGUGACGCCAGGCGAAGCCGUAAAGACCAAAAUGAUCCACGCCGCCGCCACCUCUUCCUCUUCCUCGUCCGCAGGCAGCCGCUUCGCAAGCCGCGGCCUCGUCAGCGCCGUCAGGACCCUCCUCCGCGAAGAAGGCAUCCGAGGCCUAUGGAGCGGCCUCACGCCCGUGCUCUGCAAACAAGGCACCAACAGCGCAGUCCGCUUCACGACUUUUGCGAUGCUCCAGGAGCGCGUGGCGGCGCGGUGGCCUCAGCUCGAGGGCGGCGUCGGGAGUAGCCUCGUCCUGGGCGGGGUCAGCGGUGUGUUUACGGUGUAUGCGUCGAUGCCGAUUGAUAACAUCAAGACGAGGAUGCAGAGCGUGCAGAGUGCUGAGGCGCGGUAUACCGGUAUGGUGGACUGCGCUGCGAGGAUUCUGAAGAGUGAUGGGGUUUUUGCGUUUUGGAGGGGCACGUCGCCUAGGUUGGUCCGGUUGACUCUUUCGAGCGGCAUCACGUUCACGGUCUAUGAUCAGGUGGUGCGUCUGAUGAAGUCGGCGCAGGCAGACCGCAAAGCAAGCGACCUGCAGCGCCUGUAA